AUGGAAGGAUCGGAUGAUACACCAGUUUAUCCAGGGGAACUAAGUGUUAGUUUUGGUUAUCAGUGCAACGUCACUGGCCCUGGUAGUCCUACUAUUGUGCCAGAAGGAUUCAACUUUUUGAACAGCUACACGAUCCAAGAUUCUUGUAUGAAGAUGAGUAGCUCCUUUUCUUGUUUGUCUGGUGCCGCUCUUAGUGCCAACGCUACAUUGGCAAACACAAAUAUGUGUAAUGGUCUCAUUGGAGAGGAGAUCUUGCCUUACCUUGAUUCUCCAAAAUCAUUUAGAAGAAUGGCAUCUUCUUCUUCUCUAUCACGCUUAGAUCUCACCUCAUCGUCCUCAAAUAGCAGUUUGACUACCUUGGGUGGCUGUACACCAAAGGAUAGUGAAACUGCUGAGAGCGAAAGGAACUUGUGGAAAUCUACAAGUGCUCCUACCAGAAUAGAAUCGUCAAGCUUUCUUAAUACAAUGGAUGUGCAAAUGGCUGGAGGGGCAGCAGGCGAGGAUAGAGUCCAAGCUGUGUGUUCUGAAGAAAAUGGAUGGCUCUUCUGUGGAAUCUAUGACGGGUUCAACGGGCGUGAUGCUGCUGAUUUUUUAGCUGGUACUCUCUAUGAAAACAUUUGUUUUUACCUUCAUAUGCUGGAGUGGCGGACAAAGAAGCAGCAUGGUUCAUUUAAAAGUACCUUAGAAGGAGAAAAUGUCACCAGUAAUACUGCCCGCCCCAGUGAUCCUGGCCAUUCAAAUUCUGAAAUGGAACAAACAAAACUGUCCAUUUCUGAAGAAUGCACACACGAGAAUUACAGUUCUGACAUAAUAGGCUGCCUUAAUCGUGCGCUAGCCCAAGCAGAAGGCGAUUUUAUGUACAUGGUUGAACAGGAAAUGGAAGAUCGCCCUGAUUUGGUGUCUGUUGGAUCUUGUGUCUUAGCAGUUCUUCUUUAUGGAGAUCAUAUCUAUGUUCUAAAUUUAGGGGACAGUAGGGCAAUAUUAGCAACAAAAACCAUUCGAGAGGGAGGUGUGUUGAAAGCCAUACAGUUAACAGAAAUUCAUAAUGUUGAUAAUGAGUCGGAGUGCAAUAAAGUUUUGGUUGAUCACCCUGACGAUCCUUCUCCUAUCAUUCAUGGGAGACUAAAAGGGAAACUGAAGUUAACUCGAGCAUUUGGAGUUGGCUAUCUCAAAAAGAGUAAGAUGAAUGAUGUGUUGAUGGGCAUUCUACGAGUGCGAAAUUUAUGCAGUCCUCCCUAUGUUUAUAAUCAUCCCUUCACUAUGAGUCAUAGAGUUUCAGAUAUGGAUCAAUUUGUCAUUUUGGGAAGCGAUGGAUUGUUUGAUUUCUUUAGUAUUGACAAAGUUGUGCAGCUUGUGCAUCUGUUUAUCCAGAACAAUCCUUCUGGUGAUCCUGCAAAGCACCUGGUUGAACAGCUUGUUCAGAGAGCAGCUGAUAAUGCUGGUUUUAGUGCUGAAGAUCUGAUGAGGAUUCCAGCUGGGAGAAGAAGGAAGUAUCAUGACGAUGUCACUGUCAUUGUAGUUAUCCUCGCAGAUAAAAAUAAAUGGAGUACAUUUGGCGCGUGGAUCAUCCCAGUUUGCCAAGCCGAACUUCUACUCACAUUGUACUAUGCGAGGUGUGACAAUGUCAUUUCAGCUAAAUUUGUUGCCAGGUUUUGUAAACACUUGGUUUUGCCUGAUAUAAGGAAAGAAAGAUUUCCCAUGAACCUGCUGAUUUUGUAG